GUUAGACCUAGUAAUGACCCCACACCACACGGGGCGGGAGGGUGAAGGGGAGACGACUCAUGGGCCCCAUCUGUCCCAGCCUCUGAUUGUCCCCUGCAUCCCCAGCGCCAUGGGAGAGUGGGCGUUCCUAGGCUCGCUGCUGGACGCCGUACAGCUGCAAUCACCGCUGGUGGGUCGCCUCUGGCUGGUGGUCAUGCUGAUCUUCCGCAUCCUUGUGCUGGCCACGGUGGGCGGCGCCGUGUUCGAGGACGAGCAGGAGGAGUUCGUGUGCAACACGCUGCAGCCGGGCUGUCGCCAGACCUGCUACGACCGCGCCUUCCCUGUCUCCCACUACCGCUUCUGGCUCUUCCACAUCCUGCUGCUGUCGGCGCCGCCGGUGCUGUUUGUCAUCUACUCCAUGCACCAAGCCAGCAAGGAGGCGGGCGGCGCGGAGACGGCGGCGGCCACGGCGGCGACGCCGUGCGCACGCGGGGGACCCGAGGGACUGUGCGCGCCCUGCGCCCUGCGCGCCCGCCGCGCGCGCCGCUGCUACCUGCUGAGCGUGGCGCUGCGCCUGCUGGCCGAGCUGGCCUUCCUGGGCGGCCAGGCGCUGCUCUAUGGCUUCCGCGUGGCCCCGCACUUCGCGUGCACCGGUCCGCCCUGUCCCCACACGGUCGACUGCUUCGUGAGCCGGCCCACCGAGAAGACCGUCUUCGUGGUCUUCUAUUUCGCCGUGGGGCUGCUCUCGGCGCUGCUCAGCGUGGCCGAGCUGGGCCACCUGCUCUGCAAGAGCCGGCCGCGCGCCGGGGAGCGCGACAACCGCUGCAACCGCGUGCACGAGGAGGCGCGGAAGCUGCUGCCGCCGCCACCGUCCGCCCUGCCCUCUCGGCGCCCGGGCCCCGUCCCCUACGCCCCGCCGGCCUAUGCGCACCCCGCGCCGGCCGGCGACACAGAGGGCGAGGGCAGCAGCGGCCGCAGCAAGGCGUCACUGGCCACUGUCCGCCAGGACCUGGCCAUCUAGCGGCGGGCUGUGCGGACGGCGAGGUCCGAGGCCGAACCCCACCACCAGGGUCCUUGCCUCUGAAGCGAGAAGUGGCUUCCGCAAGGACUGUCGCAGGACCC